UGUAUCAACUAUGUAGUUUUUUUGGGGGUGGGAGGGUAGAAGUUGUUAGAGAACAGAAUAAUCAGAUUUAGUCUAGAUUCCAGUCAUUUUCUUCCAAGAAUUAAUGUCCUAUACAAUGUUCAAAUUAGGUAGCAUUAAGAUAAAAGAGAAAUUUAACAGUAGUGUACAGCACCCCUUCCUUCCUUUUUAAAAGAGUGCUUUUAAAAUAAAUACCCUCACCCCACUUUGGCUGUUUAUGCUGUGAUGAAAAUGGAAAGUGAGUAUACCUGUAGUCCUAGCUACUCAGGAGGUUGAGAAAGGAAGAUUUCUUGAACCUCAAGAGUGAGACAAAAUACAAAAAUCAGGAAGUGAGAGAAUACAUGAUCUAAUGUUGCAUUGAUGAGGUAGGUAGGGAAAUGGUGAUUGUUCAUCAAGUGUACAAUAAAGACCUCAGUCUUACAAAGAACUUUUGAUAGUAAACUUUCUUUUAAAAAAGGAAGUGUGACUAGAUUUUAAUUUCCAAGUUUUACUAGAGGGUUGGUUCCUUUCUCACUGAAAUAUAAAUCUUACAUAAACAAAAACUCUGAUUUCUCUUAUGAUUUAUAUAAGUUUACAUUUUUAGGAGGGUAGAGAUUUAAGUCUUAUUCUCAUUAGUUUUUGCGAAUUUUUCACCAAAGAUGACAAACUUAAGUGGCUGUGCAAAGGCAUAGUUUUUUUUUUUUUUAAAGAUAACACAUGGCAAGAGCAGGAAAUGGGAAAGCCACCUUUUCACUGGCAGCUAAGUGUGUGGUUCUAAAGUUGUAUCACAGCAACUGUACCACCAGACCAGUCCAUGUGCUUACAGACUUUCAGGUACAGUAAGACUAAUUUGACAACAGAUGAAAGUAUGUCAGGUAUUAUAAAACCAAGUAACCAGCUGCAUACUGAUUCUGCCCUAUCUGCUUAUAUGAAAUCAAGAUGCCCACAGAACAAAAAACUUAAUUUUCUUGUUCCUGCUUAGAAUUCAGGAGAAAACAUAGAAGUAUGCUUACCUUAAAACUGCUUUUUAGUCUGCCUUAUUUCUGUCAUGGGAAAUAGCAUUCCUUUGAAAGUCAAUUAAAUGGAAUACAAUUUCUGAGAAUAGAGUGUCUUUAUCCCAGUCCUUUAGUUUGGUUAAGAAGAGGUAAUGUAAACAGGCACAGAAAAAAAGAUGGCAACCAAACCUUACAGAAGAAAUAAUUUCCUUCUGUGAGUCAAACUGCCAGGUAAGGUAACCACUGCCUCAUUCCUAACAAAUUCAUGAUUUAGCCACAAAACUGCUUGUGAGGAUCUCAGGAAAUUCAGACAAUGUUUCUCUAUAAGUCUCACCUCUGCCAUAAGGGCACUGAGGAAGUAAAAGGUCUGGUGAAGGAAGAGUGCUUUUCUGCUCCCAGUAAUUUUUUGUAUUUGUUUUAAAUCACAGAUUUACACCAGGUUUCACAGAGAAUUUUUCACUGCUGGGGAGUGAACCCAAGACCUUGCACAUGCUAGGCAAGAACUUUACUACUGUGCUGCAUUCCCAACCCAAGAGGAUUUUGUAAAAAUGGAAUAUAGGAAAGGGAUCUAUUUGCCAUCUGUCCUCAGAUACACCGGCACUUUUCCUUAAAUUACUCAGUUUCACCUGCUGACUAUGUAAACUGCAAGUUCCCAAGCAACUCAAAUUUGCAAACACAAACUAUGGAUACACUGUUUGUUUUAAGAUUGUUACCUGGGAAUCUAGGUCUCUGGGUUUUGUUAUUCUCCCCUCCCCUCUGUUUCUUAAUCAUAUAUAACGAACAACAUUUAUAAUAACAGACUGGUUUACAAGUUCCUCAUAAGUCUUUAGUGGCUGAUGGUGUAUAGCCUGUAGUUUAAAGGCAGGGAAGAAUGAGUAGUCGGGAACUGGUCACUUUGAAUGUGGGAGGGAAGAUAUUCACAACAAGGCUUUCUACCAUGAAGCAGUUUCCUGCCUCUCGUUUGGCACGAAUGUUAGCUGGCAAAGACCAGGAAUUCAAGAUGAUUGAUGGCCAGAUUUUUGUGGACAGAGAUGGUGUUUUAUUUAGUUUCAUCUUAGAUUUUUUGAGAACCCACCAGCUUUUAUUACCCUCUGGCUUUUCGGACUAUCUUAGGCUUCAGAGGGAGGCUCUUUUCUAUGAACUUGAUUCUCUGGUUGAUCUCUUAAACCAACACCUGCUCCAACUAAGACCUGCUGUCCUGGAGGUGCAUUUCCUAAACCGAAGCACUCAAGCUUUUUUCAGAGUGUUUGGCUCUUGCAGCAAAACAAUUGAGAUGCUAACUGAGAGGAUUACAGUGUUUAUAGAGCAACCUACAACACCUACCUGGAAUAACUCAUUCCCUCCUCAGAUGACUUUAGUUUCACUGCCUCCACAAAGACCUUCUUAUCAUGACCUGGUUUUCCAUUGUGGCUCUGACAGCAUUACAGAUAACCAAACUGGAGUCAGGUAUGUUUCCAUAAAACCUGAUAACCGAAAAUUGGCCAAUGGAACAAAUGUCCUUGGUUUACUGAUUGAUACUUUGUUAAAUGAAGGCUUUCAUCUGGUCAGCACUAGAACAGUAUCCUCUGAAGACAAAACUGAAUGCUAUUGCUUUGAAAGGAUAAAAAGCCCUGAAGUCCUCAUGGUGAAUAAAACACCACAACCAGAGACUACUAGCAUCACCAUCAUGGCAGAGCAGUCUCAGAAAAAGAAAUGAAGUUGUCUGUUCACUUACAGUAAAGGGAAACUGUCCUUUUCUUAUUUAGAAAUUGUAUAUCUGGGGCAUAUGUUAGUCAACUUGUAUUCAAACUGAACAACUUUUUUGGCCUCAUCCCCUACGAUGGCAUCUAUGGGCAACCAGGCCCCAACAGUGCUUAAGUCACAAUGAACUGCAUGCUGCUCUAUAAACAAUACUGCGCACUUGGUGCUGUGGCAUGAUUCUUCUACCUUCAGUUCCUUUUUCCCUUUCUCCAUGACCACUUACACAGUUUUCAAACAUGGGCUCUGGAGUCAGACUGCUGGUCUCUAAUCCCAACUCAGUCAUUUAUUAGAUAUGCUUUAAUUUCUUCAUCUAUUAACGAGAAACGUAGGCAUUAAAGGAGACAUGGUAGCACUCAGUAAUUUAGUGAUGAUGAUGAAGAUAGAUGGCCUACUAUCAACUGCAUCUUUUCUGUAAGGCCUUGUUUUUUCCCCCCUUUCCUAGGCAUAUUAAUUAAUCUUUUUAUUUAUUGUUUGUGGUGCUGGGAAUUGAACCCAGAUCUUCAUGUAUCCAAAGCAUGCACACUUUCACUAAUCUAAUCUACAGCCACAGUAACCCUUUCUUCUGUAUAGACUUAUAUGUCACCAUAAAAAUUAUUUUCUCAGCUGGUGGAGUGGCUCAAAUGGUAGAGCACCUGUCUAGUAAGCAUGAAGUCCUGAGUUCAAGCCCCAGUACCACCAAAAAAACCUAAUUGUUUUUCUUUGGACAUUAUACUAAAUUUUCAGGAUUAAAAAUGAGUGGGACAAAAGCUCUUAUUCUUAAGGAGCUUACACGCAAGUAAAGAAGUGUAUCAUCAUAACAGCAAAAGAUUAGAAAUAAGCUCAAAGUUCAUUACAGAAUGGGUGCUUAUGAUUCCUACAACAAAUAUUGUUCAGUCCUUAAAAACAAUGAGGCAACAGUUUGUAAGACAAUAAGGAAGGACUGUCAAAAUAUAAGUGGGGAAAACAAGGUGCAAAACAAUUUUUCCAUUUGUAGAAAAAUACAUAUUUAUUUAAUAAAUGCAGCAAGAGAUACAGGUCACAUAUGGAGAAGGAACUGGAUGACUGGGUUCUAAGAAGGAAGACUUACUUUUCACUAGACCAUGGUGGAUGUAUAUCUGUUGAAAAAUUAAGAAAGAAAGAAGCCAUACCUGAAAGAUUGUGAGUGUAUGUCUGGGAGUUGGGGGACUAUUAUGGCAUAGUAUGGCUUACUGUCUCUUGUACUCACAAAUUUUAUUGUACCACCCUUCCUGUGAAGCACUUCCAUUUAUAGUAAAGAAGCUGAAAUUUCUAGUGGUGACUUUUAGAUUUCUGUGUACUAGGUUGUGGGGAAGAAAGACUUGGAAGAAAAAAUUUUACCUUAAAAAGUUAGGUAUCAUUGGGCUGGUGGAGUAGCUCAAGUGGUAAAGCACCUGCCUAGCAAGUGUGAGGCCCCGAGUUCAAGCCCCUUUACCCACCCUCCACAAAAGUUAAGUGUUAUGAAAAAGUGUA